AUGAGCAACAAUGGCGUGAACGGCAGAGAAGACGAAAUCAACAGGAAGAGGAGGCAUACUAGCGAUGAAAUCACAGCGUUUCGAGAGCUGGAAGAAGAUGAAGAUAACGAAUUGCUUUCUCUCUCGCUCUCGUUCCGUCCAUCGAGAGGCAGGAGGAUUUCGUCUCCGGGAAAUUCACAUUCGCAGCAGCCGUCAUUGACACUGCCUUCACCGCCACGGCCACCGAUAUCACAGUCAGUACAACAGUCGUCAAUGUCGAUUAUGCAAAACUUGCUCCGCAAACCACCACCUCAACUCACUCUCCAACCCUCCCCGUCGCAUCAAAUCUACAUCCCUUCUUUAUCAAUGUCGUCUCAGCCCGUAGUGUACCACGAACCCGAACCCCAACCCGCGCCGCGCCAAACUCGUACUCGGCGUAACCCAACGCAGGCGCCAGGUGAAGGUAAGAGCGACACGAUCCCCGCGCCCUACCCGUGGUCCACAAAUCGGCGCGCAACCGUGCAUAAUUUGGAGUAUUUGUUGUCAAAGAGGAUAUCGACGAUUUCGGGUGAGGUUCAAUGUAAGAGGUGCGAGAAGCAGUAUGAGAUGGAGUAUUAUUUGAGAGAGAGAUUUGAUGCGGUAGCGACGUAUUUGCUGGAGAAGAAGAGCGGAAUGCAUGAGAGAGCACCGAGUAUUUGGAUGAAUCCGGUUCUGCCUACGUGUAGGUUCUGUGAGCAAGAGAACAGUGCGAAGCCGGUGAUUAGUAAGAAGAGGGAGAUUAACUGGCUGUUUUUGCUACUUGGGCAGAGUAUUGGGUGCUGCACACUUGAUCAGUUGAAGUAUUUCUGUAAGCAUACAAGGAAUCAUCGAACUGGGGCUAAGGAUCGUAUACUUUAUCUUGCAUAUCUUACUUUGUGUAAACAGCUUGUUCCUUCUGGGCCUUUUAAUUGCUGA